CUCAUCUCAUCAAUCCACAGUUCUCAAGCUUCAUCGUCCUCGUUUUCCUUCGAUUUUCUCUCUCUCUCUAGAAUUCCCCUCGCUUUCUCUCUCUUAGAUGGCCCCCAAGGCGGAGAAGAAACCAGCGGCGGAGAAGGCACCGGCGGAGAAGAAACCGAAGGCGGAGAAGAAGCUGCCGAAGGAGGCGGCGUCGUCGGAGAAGAAGAAGAAGAGGUCGAAGAAGAACGUGGAGACCUACAAGAUCUACAUCUUCAAGGUCCUGAAACAGGUCCAUCCAGACAUCGGCAUUUCGAGCAAGGCCAUGGGGAUCAUGAACAGCUUCAUCAACGACAUCUUCGAGAAGCUCGCUCAAGAGUCCGCCAAACUCGCCAGGUACAACAAGAAGCCCACCAUCACCUCUCGCGAGAUUCAGACCGCCGUCAGGCUCGUCCUCCCCGGUGAGUUGGCCAAGCACGCCGUCUCCGAAGGGACCAAGGCCGUCACGAAGUUCACCAGUUCUUAAAAUCUAGGGUUUAAUUGUUCAUUGUUGUGGUGAUCUUUGAUCAUGAAUUGAUCAAAUUAGGGUUUUAUUUGAAUGUAAAGGUUAUAAGUCGUUGAUUUAAGUUCGUAUGGCCACUGAUGAAUUAAGUUCCGAUUUUAUUUCAAAUCUACACCGAGUGCUUUGAAUUGAUUACAUUUGAAAGCAUUUAUGAAUCGACAAGUUCUGGUUUUGAAUGUCA